GCCUGCGAGAGGCGCUCGUACGGACAUGGCUCGAUUUAAAUCGCACCGCAUCGAUGCGACGGCCGCCAUACCGCUGCGACCUGAAUUGAUCGAGUUUAUGGACCCUCAGAGCUUGGGCUUAAUGAGCUGCGUGAGCGCGGCGCUGCGCAAAGACGUGCUCGAUUCGAAGGCGUGGACGCUGAUGGCGAACGCGCACCUGCCACGGUCUGCUGAAGAAGCUGCUCUCGCCGUGGAGCGCGCCGCCGCCGUGCGCCUGCGGUCGCAAGUGCUCCGCCGACGGCUCGCGGACUCGAUGUCGCGGGCGCAGACGCAUCGUUUGGUUCCGAACAAACUCGACGAUUUCACGUUCUUCGUUCGGUUCGAGGAGGACGGUAAGGUGCUAUGGGAGGGAGAUGUGGCUGUUGCUGGUUUUCACACGAACCUCCCCGUAUCGAGACGAAAAUUUGUCGAGUUGUCAAUGUCCGAAGCUUGGUCAGCGAUCAAAGACCGCGGGAGUUUCAUAGAAAUCCCUGAUGACGCUGAUGACUAUUGGGACCGUGUCCAAAUUACACUAAUUGUGAUCCGCAACGAGGACCAGGCCAUGAUCCCUCUUGGUAGUUUUUGUUUCGAUAGUGAUCCUGGCGACCCCUCUUUCCACUCGUCUCAGGCGUUGUAUCAAACGGAGCAAUUUGAGAUCCUGCUUGAAUUGUUUGUAAAUGUUGACAACAGCGAAUUGAACAGCUUGGAACUAUCCGUGGAAAUGCACGAUCGGACGAGUGGUGCAGCGGCCCGCCACUUAACAUGGCUCGAUGACCUCACGAAAGAACAACUCGAGUUCCUGUUUACUUUUUUCGCCGGUGCUUAUAACUACCGAUCCCAGCCCUACGUGUUCGCGACAUUUGGAGACUGGUAUAAUGAUGCCACGUAAGUUUCUAGCAAAUAACUACAAAA